AUGAAGGGCAUCCUCAAUGAGGAGGAGUCAAGUACUGAAGGUGACGUUAAACUCUAAUUAAAACUACGAUUCUGUUCUCCGUGUACUGCAUCACGUGGUUACAAUGGCGGCUGCUUUUCUGUAUAUAAGACUGGGGAAACGGUUCUGUGUUUCAGGGAGCGUAUAACGUUAGCACUUGAAGACAACCGUGUUUUAAACACGGUUUUAAGAGAGCCCCGCCUCAGCGGUACUUCAUCAUGGCGGACUCCAGCGUCAACAGCCUGACAUCCCUUGCCCGUGCGUUGUCACAAUCAAAACUGGAUCAGAUAGAAAGUAAUGAUGUCAGCCCUCCGCGAAGUAUUCAGCUUCAUCCGUGCCGAAGGAGAAAGUUGACGAGCUGCGCCUCAAUUGAGUCCCUUGAGCAGGCGACUUCACCUUCCGCCAUCGAGGCGCGAGUCCUGGUUAUUAACACCGGAGGAACCAUCGGGAUGACCCUUCACGACAACGUGCUUGCCCCAAAAGCCAAUGCUUUCGGGAAGAGCUUGUGCAAGUUGCCUAUCCUACACGAUGAGACGUAUGCCCAGCUCACCAGCCUGUAUGACUACUAUUCAUCUGAGAACACCUUGGUCCUGCCGAAGCCAACGGCCCAUUCUGACCAUCUAUUUCACGGGCUGAGUAAAGACAAUAAGAGGAUAAUCUACACAAUAUUAGAGUACAGCCCUUUGCUAGACUCCUCCAAUAUGACCACAGACGACUGGGGUAGAAUUGGAAUGGACAUUGAGAAAAACUACGAAGACUUUGAUGGUUUUGUGAUCCUUCAUGGCACAGACACUAUGGCUUACACAGCCUCUGCCCUGUCCUUCAUGUGUGAACAUUUGGGCAAACCAAUCAUUCUCACCGGCUCGCAGGUGCCUAUCUAUGAGAUGAGGAAUGAUGGCAGAGACAACCUGCUGGGAGCGCUGCUGAUUGCUGGCCAGUUUGUCAUUCCUGAGGUGUGUCUGUAUUUCUACAACAAACUCUACAGAGGGAACCGUGUGACCAAGGUGGAUGCUGGGAGUUUUAACGCAUUCUCCUCUCCUAACUUGGCUCCUCUGGCCACUGCUGAAGUGGAUAUUACAAUCAACUGGGAUACAGUGUGGAGGGCAAACACCACAGCAAAGUUUCAAGUCAGCACUGAGCUGAACAGGAACGUAGGCCUGCUCAGGCUGUUCCCAGGAAUCACUGCUGCUACUGUGAGGGCUUUCCUCCAGCCGCCCAUGCAGGGUGUGGUCCUGGAGACCUACGGCAGUGGAAAUGCCCCUGAUAACCGUCCUGACCUGUUAGAGGAGCUGAAGAAGGCCACUGACUCUGGGGUCAUCAUCAUCAACUGCACCCAGUGUCUGAGGGGGACUGUGUCUGCAUCUUACGCCACCGGCAAAGUGUUAAUGGAUGCAGGGCUGAUAGCUGGUGGAGACAUGACUCCAGAGGCUGCCCUAUCAAAGCUGUCUUACGUAUUGGCCAAGAAAGAGCUUGAUCUAGCUGCCAAGAAAAAGAUGAUGGCUCAGAACCUGCGAGGUGAGAUGAGUGCUGACUUAGCAGGAGCCAAGCUCUGUCUGAGCGACAGCCGUUUCAUCCAGGUCAUUGCCAAGUCUCUGAGCAUCAGCUGCAAGGAGGAGUUGGAAGCCAUCCGUGAUGCCCUGACUCCCCCAUUGGCAUGUGCUGCUGCUAAGCUUGGAGACAUAGAGGCCUUAGAAGCCCUGAAGGAAAUGGGCAGCAACUUGUGUCUGGGUGACUAUGAUGGACGUACACCCCUACAUGUUGCCUCCUGUGAGGGCCACCUCGAACUGGUGAAGUACCUAUUGAGUCAUGGAGCUACAGUCUAUGCUAAAGAUCGCUAUGGGGACACACCGCUAUGCAAUGCUGUACGCUUCAGGCACAAAAAGGUUGUGCAGCUGCUGAGGAUGACUGGGGCCCACUUUUCCAGAGACGAGUUGGAGGAAGCAGGAACCGAAUUGUGCAACUUGGCAGCCAGUGGUGACCUGGAGGGCCUGGAAAUCUGGAGCCUUGCCGGAGCAGAUCUGAAUAAACCAGGCUAUGACGGACACACAGCAAUUCAAGUGGCCAAAGCUGUUGACAAAAAGGAUGUGGUGGCAUUUUUAGUCAAACUCAUGAGCAAUAAAUCUAAGAGAGUAUUUGGGGAAUUUAAUGAAUAUGAUGAUGAUGAUGAUGAUGAUGAGAACGGUGGAGUGAUCGAGUUCACCGCCACCCCAAGAGGACUGUGAACUAAUGCUACCUCAUCCAACAGGAAACCACCCUGUGCUUGCGUCCACUUCCUGCCAAACCAUCCUCGACACGCCGUCCAAUGUCCUGUUGAAUUUCACGCUCGCUCUUCACUUUGAAUGUCUGCACCAUGCUUAUAAUCGCAUACUGUUUUUAAAGCCAUCCCUGCUUACAGUUUUCCCCCCAAAGCCAUUGAUAGCACAACUUCGUGUAACCACUGCUGUGAGUGCACAAAGCCCAAAAAGGAAACACUCAAUGUAUAUGUUGGAUUGUUGCACAGUAUGAAGCGUAGUAUCAUCAUGAAUGUUUGAAUCAAAUACUUUUUAUUACUAAGGGUGAUCUUCAACUGAGCUGUUUUAAUCAUGGAGAGCGCUGAAACCUCCCAUUACUCCUCACUCAACAGUGAAAGACAUCUGACUACGAUGACAUUACUUUUUAAAGUAAUGCUGUUUUUUGCUAUAGCAAUAUAAGCAUGAUGUCUGGAAGUGCAGGGUACAUUCACAGAUUUUAUUUUUAUGCGUAUUUCUACAGUGAGCUGCUGUAAAGUAGCAUGUAAACUAAUGAAAAACAAGGUUGUAUUUUUAUUAUCAGGGAUGUUCAACUGGAAUACUUUUUGGUUUAGGUUGAAAUAUACCUGAGCCUGUAGCAGAAGGGCUUAAUUUCCUUCUGCUCAAACAAGCACGAAAACCUGCAGUCACCUUUCAGACUCAUCCAGCCUGUUCCGUGUGCGGAUUGUCGAGCUGGAAGAGUUGCAUAUCUCCCUUUUGAAAUGGAAAAGGGAAAUUCAGACUAUAGUGUGAGCCAGAUAAAGACUUUUAACUACAGUAGUUUCUGGGUUCUUGUAUGCAUUUUGAAUGUGCUCUUGCGUUCGUGAUUGCAACAAAUAACCUGUUGUACUUUACUUAUCUUUCUUGUGCAACAAACCUAUUGUGUUAAACAUUGCUGCUCUUGUUUGAUGUAAUUUACACUUCAAACCAGUCUAGCAUUUUUUUUACACUUUAAUGUUAUCAUCGUUAAGAAAAUCUUCUGUGAUUACAUGUGACUUUAAAGUGCAAACAAAUUUGAAAAGACUUGAAAAUGCGUCCUGCUCUUUCCAAAUGCUGUUACUGUUUUACUGUUGUGUUCAAAAAGUGUGAGAAAAUGAUUCUUUGAUCUCUUUUAUUCUGUGUGGGGGUGAAGUAACAGAAAUAAAUGUCUUGUUUCAAA